AGUCAUUCAUGCAUUUACCAAUAUUAUAUAUAGUGUGCGUGUAUGUGUCCCCUUCCAUUUCAUUUGCAAUUUUGCAUCUCUCUCUUCCUUUUCCUCUCCUCCCUAAAACCCCAAAAUCUCUCUCUCUCUCGGUGUGAUCUGUAGUUGCCAUGGCUCCGGCAAUGAUCGACCCGCCAUCGAACACGGUGUGCGUGAUGGACGCCUCAGGCGGGCUCGGCUCGGGCCUGGUGGAGCGGCUUCUCCGCCGGGGAUACACCGUACACGCCGCCGGGCAGAAGCAAGGCGAGUCUCGAUCGAUGAUCAGUGAUCCGUCCGUCGAUAAGAGGAAGCUCAAGAUCUUCAGCUCCGACCCAUUCGACUACCAAAGUAUAAUCGACGCACUCAAGGGCUGUUCGGGCUUAUUCUACACCUUUGAACCUCCAGAGGACCAACCGAACUACGAUGAAUAUAUGGCGGAAGUGGAAGUCCGGGCCGCACACAACGUGCUAGAAGCGUGCGCCCAAACAGACACCAUCGACAAGGUCAUCUUCACGUCUUCCGUGACCGCCGUUAUCUGGAGAGACGAUCAUGCCUCGUCGGACACCGAUUUUAAUGAGACGCACUGGAGCAACGUCAACCUCUGCCGUAAAUUCAAGCUAUGGCACGGAUUGUCCAAGACACUAGCGGAGAAGGCCGCAUGGGCCCUGGCGAUGGACCGAGGCGUGAACAUGGUGUCGAUUAACGCCGGCCUCUUGUUGGGCCCCGACCUCUCCCUCGCCAAUCCCUUCCUCAAGGGCGCGGCCGAGAUGUACGAGGACGGCCUGUUCGUGACUGUCGACAUCGAUUACUUGAUCGACGCCCACAUCUGCGUCUUUGAAGACGUCUCCUCAUACGGUCGUCAUCUGUGUUUCAACCGCGCGAUCAACAGACAGCAGGACGCGGUGAAGCUCGCCCAGAUGCUCGCUCCUGGCACAGCCUCUACGCCUCAAAGUUACGAUCAGGACAGGGAGAUCAUCCAACAGAGGAUAAGCAACAAGAAGAUGAACAAGUUAAUGGUGGAUUUUGAGAGGGCAGAGUCAGUAUGAUUGGGUUCUGUGGACCGACAGUUUGUGGCCCACCCGACAAUCAAAAAGACUGAACGUGACAUCCAUCUCCACUGGAAGCAUGUCAAACAUCCGGUCCCUCAUAUCUCCUAGGAAUCGCGGUAGGACUCAAAUAUUAGGUAGGAUCAUCGAUCCAAUUCUCAAUAAAAUUACACAAAUUUUUGUACCUCCUGCAGUGUAUCUUAUCUUAUGGAAAUAUAUAGGAUUUUAAUGGUUGAAAAGGCUCGAGUACAUAAAAUCAAUACUCUCUUUUGUCCUUGAUGGAUUUGGACCAUCAAAUGUUGCGUCAUAAUUGUCUAGGGAGCAUUAUUUAUAGACUUAUGAUCAUAUGAUGGACAAAAGGAAAUGUGCAAUUUGAGAAAUUUGAGUCAGUUGAUGGA